AUGUUCGGUCGUGAUAUCCUCUCCGUCGCAGCCCUGUCGCUGUUGGCCUCGUCGGCUGCCGGCGAGGUCCUCGAAAAACUACGGAUGACUCCAAACGGCUGGAAAUACACUAGCAAUGCCGCAAGUGCCCAGAAGAUCCGCCUCCAGAUCGCCCUCCAGCAAAAUGACGCCGCCGGUUUCGAGCAGACCGUCCUGGACAUGUCCACUCCCGGAAACCCCAAGUAUGGACAACACUUCCAGUCUCACGAGGCGAUGAAGGAGAUGCUGCUCCCCUCGAGCCAGGCCGUUGAGUCGGUCGUCAGCUGGCUGCAGUCCGCUGGCGUGACUGAUAUUGUCCAGGACGCCGACUGGGUCGACUUCACAACCACCGUCGGUGUCGCCAAUGAGCUGCUCGAUACCCAGUUCCAGUGGUACACCAGCGAGGAGCGCCGAGUGCGCACCCUCCGCACUCUGCAAUACUCGGUCCCUGACGAUGUUGCGGACCACAUCUACAUGAUCCAGCCCACCACCCGCUUCGGCGCGGUCAAUGCUAUGCACUCCACCUCUCGCGCCAAGGAGCUCACAGGCAGUCGCCUCAGCGCUCUCCAGGGCCACCGUGCUGGUAUCAAGACCGGCGGUGCUAGCGACCAGUGCGGUACCAUUGUGACUCCCACCUGUUUGAAGAAGCAGUACGGAAUCGGCAACUACACGGCUGACGCCAAGAGCGGCAGCAAGAUUGCCUUUUCCAGUUACCUCAAGGAAUAUGCUCGCUAUUCUGACCUCGCACUUUUCGAGAAGAAAUUUGCUCCUUGGGCCGCUGGACAGAACUUCUCCGUGAUUGAAUUCAACGGCGGAAAGAACGAGCAGAAUGAUGACACCGAUGACAGCGGCGAGGCCAAUUUGGAUCUCCAGUACAUCUUGGGCCUGGCAGCUCCCCUCCCCAUCACCGAAUUCUCGACUGGCGGCCUUGGAAAAUUGGUUCCUGACAUCAACGAGCCCGACGAGUCCCAAAACCAGAACGAGCCCUACCUCGAGUUCUUGAAGGGUGUCUUGAAGUUGUCUAACGACGAAUUGCCUCAGGUCAUCUCAACCUCGUACGGCGAGGACGAGCAGACGAUCCCCCCGAAGUAUGCUCAAACCGUCUGCGACUUGUACAAGCAACUUGGUAGCCGUGGUGUCUCGGUCAUCUUCUCUUCCGGCGACUCGGGUGUCGGCGCGGGAUGUGUCACCAACGACGGCAAGAACACCACUCACUUUAUGCCUCAAUUCCCGGCUUCCUGCCCAUGGGUCACCUCGGUCGGUGCUACUCAGGACUGGAACGAGACAGCCGCGGCGUUUUCAUCCGGUGGAUUCUCCGACUUCUGGGCCCGUCCCUCGUGGCAGGACGAUGCUGUCAAGGGCUACUUGGCAUCCGGACUGGCUGACAAGUUCAAGGGAAUCUUCAAUGAAUCUGGCCGUGGAUUCCCUGACGUGUCUGCGCAGGGUGUCAACUUUGCUGUCUACGACAAGGGCAGCAUUGGUGAGUUCGAGGGCACCUCUGCCUCUGGACCGGCUUUUGCCGCCAUCAUUGCUCUUCUGAACGAUGCUCGUCUGCGCGCUGGCAAGUCUACCCUUGGUUUCUUGAACCCUUGGAUCUACAGCAAGGCCUACGCUGGUCUCAACGACGUGACCACUGGAGGCAGCAGCGGCUGCAAUGGUUUCUCCCGCUUCAACGGAUCCGAGCUCCCUGGCGGCGCAGUCAUCGACGGCGCCAGCUGGCAGGCCACCACCGGCUGGGACCCUGUCACCGGCCACGGCACGCCCAACUUCCCCAAGCUCAAGGAGCUUGCUCUUGCGGCUUAG